AUAGUAUCGGUCGACACUUCUGGCCGACCAUCGGGAUCCACUUAUCCGAUCUUGUUCUAAGUUAUCAGACAGUUAAAAUGGUCCAAAACCAUUUUUUCCGAUAAAAUAAAAUGUCCAUUUUCCAUGACAGAUUAAGCGCAUGAGACCGCGUAGCCGGCGAAUCGAAGAUUUUGCGCCAAUCAGGUGCCGUUGUCGUUUUAAAAGCACAGUGUGCCGUGGAAGCCGGCUUUUUGCUGCAGAACCGAAAUAACAGAUCAAACAGAAUAGCGUCGAACGUCAUCGAGUUACGUUGUGCCCGUUGCCGCUCCAACAGCCUUUAGAGUCGUUCGGUCCGACGUCUCACUUAUUGAGACUUUUCACUGUGUUUAAGGAUGUAUACAAAGUUGCCGGUAGAAAUUAAGAAAAGUGUUGUAGUCCCGAAAAGUUUUAUUGCUUUAUCGUCAGGCAUUUCCUUCGUGCUUCAUAUUCCCUGUGUGCGGAAAAAACUGUUCAAUUGAACCAUUGACAUUUUUGUUCAGAAUUGGUGAAAUAGUUUUGCCUGGUUUUUAAACUACCUCAGGAUUUUUUUGCAGCUGCCGGACUCGCUAACAGGCGACAAGGAAGCAUUGAUAUCUCCCAGUCAGGUCCAAAUUGUGAUAUUAGACUUAUAAGAAUUUAAGCACAUAAGAGAAUAUGAUAGACAAAAUGAAUGAUUCUAUAUUCGAGUCAAUGUUACCAUUGACUGUCGAACAGCUAAGUUCGGCUCCUUUGCUAAAUGUAUUUUUAAACGAUGAUGAUGAUGAUGCUGAUAAAUCUCCUAAAGAUUACUUAAUGCCUUCGGAUGACCAGUGGAAGAAAUUCGAACUAGACUUUCCUGAGUUGGCUAAUAUAAAUAUUGAUGAUAUAUUUAACGGGAAACCUUCUAAAAAUUUCGAUUCUGGAGUUAAUGAUAGCAGUUGGGAACUACCAUCCAUGAUAGAAGACAACUCAGAUUGUUUGGUGUUUAACCACGACUGUAUGUGGGGAGGAUUUUGUGCAAGCAAAGAUCACAACGCAGCUCCACGUCCUGGCUUGCGUUCUAUUGUUCCCAAACCGCCUGUUAUCAAAAUGGAACCAGUCGAUAUGCCUAGGACGUUUAAUGGCCAACAAAGUCUCUUGAAACCUUCAAUUAAGGUGGCUUCAAUGCCAACAUCCCUCUUGGCUCCAACAAGCAGCGGCUCUGUUUCCGAAUCACUUCUGACUCCCCCGGAAUCCGACGAUGAGGGACAGAAAACCAAAACAAACGGAUUGUUAAAAUUGCUAAAUGAUGCUAUCAACGAAUGUGACUUAGCCGAAUAUCUGGGAAAAGAAGAAAUUAUCGGAGUGAAACCAGAGCCUUCGAUGGAAAUUAAGGAGGAGGUGUUGGACAUAAAGCAGGAGGAAGAACCCGCCGACGAAGAUACCGAGUCUGAGCAAGAUGAAAUCGAGUAUAGAAUACGCACUCAGUUAGCCGCUGAGAAUGAUCACAGCUAUUACAAAGAUAAGAAUGCCGAUAUGAGACACAAUGAUUAUGGGCUUGAUACACCUUCUGAUUCAGUACGUCGUCAAUGGGCCUUAAGUAGUGCUGCAGUGCGACGACGGACUGCUAGAACUGUCCGCGAGAAUGCAAGAGUUUGUGCUAGAAUGCCGCACAAAAUACGUGAAGAAGAAGAAGAAAUCGACGUGGUGUCAGUAAACGAUAAGUUUACCAAUGCCAGCCGGAUAGCCCUUUCUUUACAAAGCAAUUCUUCCACAAGACACAGACCUCAGGUACAAAGAGUAGCCCCAGUAAUGACCAAGAAACGUGGCCAAAAUACCGGAAUCAAAACUAUUUUACCUGUCAGAAGCAUCGAAGUCCCAACAACUUCUUCAAACACCAACACCGGCCGUCGUGGCGUCAAAAGAGGUAAAGGUUCGAGAAACAACAAUAACUACAAGCGCAGACGAGCCAACAACACUGUCGAAGAAAGAGAACCAACAGAUAAACGUCACUUGCACAACGAUAUGGAGAGACAGAGACGUGUGGAUUUGCGAAUCGCUUUCGAUAACCUCAAAUCGGUAGUACCAGAAGUAUCUGGCACCAAGAAAAUUGCCAAAGUUACCAUUUUGUUGCAAGCCUCGCAGUACUGCUACUACCUGACCGGCAUGAAUAAUAACUACAUGAAACAGCUCGAGGAAUUGAGGAGAAAGCAAGCUUGGUUAAGAUCAAGAGUAUCGCAGCUGAGAAGAAAUUUAGCUGCAAAACGCUAAACUUAAGUCUUAAGAAAAUUUAUUUAAGUUAUAAGGUUGGACCAAAGGUGUUGGGAGUACUAACAGUACUUUUGGUCCCUUUUGAGUUUUGAACGCUAUUAAGACGUAGUUCUAGCUAAGGUCUUACACUCUUAAGGUUUUUUAUUAGGUUUGGAGCGGCAUCGACGUUUAAUAAGAAACUAUAUGCAGUGUGUCCAGGAUAAUAUGAUGUACAGAUAAUAGAAAGUAAUUCAUAAGUUUGAAGGGGGAAACGUUGUAGUUGUGGUUGUACCUGCCCAGAUAAAAGUAGUUUUUGCUAGGUACAGGGUGAAAACUAAAAAGGUGCAUUCAAAGAAAUAUAUAAUUUAGUAUCAUUGACAUAUGUUUACAAGACGGGAAUAAUUAUUAUGUAAUUAAAAAAAAUAAUUUUAAUUCUAAUUAAAAAAGCCCUUAAGUUAUGUCUAAUUUGAGGUUAUUAAAAUUAUAAUAAAGUAUAGUAGUAGAAGUAUAACGAUCUUUAUCUUAAAGAACAAUAUUGCAUACAUUAAGAAGAGAUUUAUAGCGUAUCUCUUAAACGUAUAAAAUCUGACUUCGUAAGUUAUGGUGAAAUGUAUGAUUUUUGAAAAAUAUGUAUUUAUAUUACUUUUAUUUUUAUAUAAUUUCUAUUUUUGCAACUAACUUUUAUUAUUAUUACUACUAUUAAGUAUACUAUUAUACUACAUAAAACAAAAGCUAAAAAUUAAUUCAUACAUGGUUAAGAAUUUCUCCCCCCACUAGAAUUGUAUAGAUUUUUAAAAAGAUUUUCGUUUUCAACCUGAUAUCACCUUGGCCGGUAUAUCCUGGACAUGCUGUAUAAUACGAGGCUACGACUACGGUGUGAUACCUAGUCGGGUCUUUUAAUUAUUAAAAAAAAACUUACAGACACGCUACGGUUGGAAUUAACCCAAUGUUAUUGGUAUAUUAAUUAGGUAUAACCCGUGUGCGUUUUUUUUUGUAAUUUUUGUUUAUAAUUACUCUGUGAUUUAAUUAUUAUUAACGAUAGGUAAAUUCAACUAUAAAUGGGGAAAGAAUACUAUUUUUUUCGUUUCUUAUGUUACAACUCGUUAAUUUUUUAGUUUAUAAGGAUGUUUAUAUAGAACUGUUUUUAAUUUUUAUGUUUAUAAUUUACGUGCGGGGUUGUUUGACUAUUCAGUAUCUACAAUAUUUACCUGAACCGGAUAUACUUCGGUACCCAAUCUGAAUGCAACUUGCUCGAAAAUCAUCCACAAAUUCGAAAUAUAACUCGUAAUAGUUUUUAAUUUAAAACAAUAUUUUCCCACUGUUUAUUUUUCAUUUAACUACCCCCACACAUUUUAAAAUUAUGUGAUGAAAUGACAUACAAAUUGUGAUAUCCGUAUAAUAUAAAUAAUUUCCGAACUACAAAUUUCUCUUCCACAUCCAAUUUUUUAUCCAAACAGACUUGUUGUUUGUUCGUAAAGAUUUUGCGAUUUAACAAUUAAACUAUUUCUGAUGAUUCAUUUAAAGGCUUUGUUUUCUUUUUUUAUCAAAGUAUGUUCAUUUCUUUGUUUUUUUUUCUUUUUAAGAAUGGCUUUUUAUAAUUGGUUUAUCAUUUGCUUUAUUUAUUGUCUCCUUUAUAUUUCUGGAAUAAAAUGUGUUUCGGGAUUGUUUUAAAUCUUACUUGUAUAGAGUGAAGCUUAGUUUUGUUUUAUAGUAGAAAUGUAGGAGAGACAAAACAUUUGUAUUUAGUGUGGAAAUAGUUUAAGGGAUAAUUUAGGAGUUUUAUUUCACAUGUGCUUUUUAUCGGUUAGUAUGUAUAGAUUAUUAUUGGUGUAAAGUUUUACGGAGCUACCAUUUGUUGCUUUAGUUUUUAAUUUGUAAAAGCGCGUGUUUUUCAGAUUUUUAUCUGUAAUAAUACACUUUAUAUUUUCAAUGCAAACUAUUAUAUUAUAUAUUAUAUUUUAUGUAAGUUUACAAAUAAGGUUUUUUUUUCUGUUUUAUAAGCAUUUACUCGACAGCUUAUUAUAUUUUAGAAAUGUGUUUUAAAUUUUUUGAGACGUAGCGCUCUAGGUUACGGGAGAAAUUUUAUGUUUUAUUUUUGUUUUGGUCGGUGAAUACACCUUCAAAGACACACGCUAUAUUAUAAAGGAUUUGUUUAAGUUUAGUAAAUUUUUACUUUAUGAAGUUUUGUUUGAUAUUGAUAGCCAAAAAUAAUAAUGUUCGUGCCAUAUAUCGGCAGCAGAUUGUAAGACAUGUAAAACGCGAAAAUGCAUUAAACAUUUUUGAGAUAAGCGCCUUUUAAAUCUCACAAAAUAACAUUUAUAUCGCAAUUUUGAAAUGCAUUUUCGUCUGAUGGAUUUUAUGUCAUGUAAACUGACAGAGAAAAACUUCACAGUUAUUCUUAUAUAAAAAAAGAAAGUUUAAAUACAUCAAAAUUGAAAAAAAUGCCGUGAAGCUUUUCCCUCCGGGAACAAUUGUAAAUAACAUGCUUUCGGAUCUACACAUUGCGGAAUUUUGAAGGUGCCAAAACAGAAAAUUGGAACCAUAUUUGCUCAAUGUGUCGAUGUACUACAUUUAACUAAACACCUAAGUUCAAAAUUAUAUUAUUUUAACUACUUAUUAUAGCAGUUGAAAAUGUAGACUGUUUAAAAUCACGGUUCUAUUUGAUUUUAUUAUUAUCGGUUAAGUGUAGUCUGCUUAGUUUUGUUAUUUUUAAUUAGUGUUUCUACUUUGUAUACAUCUAGUUUAUAUCUUUUUAUUUAGCGAAAUGUAGCAAAGAGGGCGCUUGCGUGCGAUUGUUGUUUUCUGUAACUUGAAGUCUUCCGUUGCGCAUGCCCCUAGAUUUAUAACUAUAUUGAUAUAUUAUACGGAGUCGUGAGAGAUAGAGAGAAUUGUUGUGUUCAAUGUAUAUUUUACAGUAUUUUAUACUUUUUUGAUAAAAUAUAACUAGAUACUAUUAAAAAAAAAAAAAACAAACCAAAUAAACGAAAAAUCACAAAAAAAUAUAGAAAAAUCUAAAAAUAAGAUAAAAAAAAUCUUUGUUAUUAUUCCAAUUGUGAUAGAUAAUUUUUAAUAAGACGAGUGGUAGCAACUUUUUUUACUAUAACCUUUUUCCAGUUUAGUUUUUCGCUCAAUUUACUUUUUGAAUGAUUCUGUACCUGCACACUGACCUCGCUGAAAACCAAAAAUAUAUAUUUAAAAAAAAUACAAAAUAACAGGAAAAUUGAUUUCAAGAACAUUGCAAUAGAUAGGCUGGAUAUUUGAUAACACUUUUUUUUAUUUAAUGCAAACAUAAAUUAUGGAAUCAUCGGUAGGUUAUAGGGCAAAGAAAAUAGUGAACAUUUAACUCUAUUUAUCCAUACCUGCAUAUUACAGUGUUUCUUGACAUACAUUUGUUGUUACACUGAGAUAAUUCGUCUUCUUAAUAAAAAAAUGAUGACACGAUAAAAAAACUCUGGAGAUCACAGGGCAAUUCUCUAUAUGCUUGGCGACAUCUAUCUAGGCGUCUAAUUUUUAUGCAUUAUUAAUCAUUUUAGCCCUAAUAUGUUAAACUUGUUAUUUUGUACUUAUAAAAUAAUCCAAGGUAAUGUAAGUUAUCAUUUAUAUAUUUGGAUUUUCUUAGUUCCUAAGUUUUACGAAAUAAAAUAUUUGCUUAAA